AUGUCAGGAAACGGACUGUCGACCAGAAUUCAGCAGUUUUUGGAUCCCCACGAGCGGCUAAUGGCAGGUACUCAGAGCCCUUUCCACCGCCUGGGCCAGCAGAUGCAGGACCUCUUGGGCGAUGGCGGGAUCAAGAAGGAAGUGGUCCAACCUGGAGAAGGCCCACCAGUGCCAAGAGAUUCAUCUGUGUCAAUUAAUUUCUCAGGAUUUCUGGAGUACUCUGACCGACCGUUUGAGACCACCAGCUACCUGAAGUACCCUCGAAUGAUGAAGCUUGGAAGAGACGUGACUCUAUGUGGCCUGGAGCUGGGUAUUCUGACCAUGAGGAAGGGAGAGUUCUCUCGUUUUCUCUUCCUGCCUGCGUAUGCAUAUGGAGAGAUGGGCUGCCCUCCACUCAUCCCUCCUGUAGCCACUGUGCUCUACGAGGUGCAGGUCCUCGAUUUCCUUGACUCAGCCCAAGUGGAUGAGUUCUUCGCAAUGAGUUCGGAGGAGCAGAACACUGUUCCUCUGUCCACGCUCUUCAAUGUGGUCGACACAGAGCGCAGCUUUGGCAACCGCUGCUUCAACCAGAGUCGCUUCGAGGAUGCCAAAGAUCGCUACAAACAGGCGGUGACUCUGCUGGGGAAUCGGGAGAUGGAGGACAAGGAGGAGAAGAGGAGCAUCGCAGCGGUGCAGCUGCCCAUCUACCUCAACCUGUCCCUGACCCAGCUCCGCCUGGACAGGCCCCUGAAAGCCCUGGAGUACGGCCACAAGGCCAUGGAGAUUGACCCCACCAACACCAAGGCCCUGUUCCGCUGUGGUCAGGCCUAUUUGGAGUUGUUUGACUAUGAGAAAGCCCAGGAUUACCUCACGAUGGCUCAGGCCAACAAACCAUUCGACAUCGACAUCAACAAUCUCUUGAGGAAGCUUGCCAUAUGCUACAAGGACUAUUUGGACAAAGAGAAAGAGCUGUGCUUCAAGAUGUGUGCAGACUUUGUGAAGAAGUGA